AUGCACGCACUCGAUCUCUUCGGAUACGCCCACCUCUUCGAUACAAGCCCCGGAGGAAUCGCACUCCCGACUCGCGACUCGCGGAAAAAUCAGCACGAACCUUCAGAAUGUAGGUCGUUGAGCAUGCCCGUGCAGCCCGGUCUUCCCAUGUGUCUCUCUGGCUACCACCGCAGCUUCUGGUGUCAUGUUCACCAUUCUAUCUUGACUUCCUAUCUGUUCAAUCGUUGUCGCUCCGGGACGAUUUCCUGCGGCACACGCAACGACACCUUCCGCGGCGUGCGGCAUAUUACGUGGCCGCACAUGCAGGGUCGUAUUGCCAUGUCGGUCUGUUUGAUGCUCCCAGCGUAG